AUGCUCGAGUAUUCCAACGACAUCCCUUUCUCAUGGAUGGGGAUUCUUAACUCUGGGAGCGCCUCUUUCCCUUAUGUUGCAGUAGUGAUAUGCUCGGCUCUUAUAUUUUACAAAUAUUGCUACCCCGGACACGCUCUCCCCCUACCACCUGGUCCCGUUCCACUGCCAGUAAUUGGCAAUUUGCAUCAGCUGACUGGUGGAAAUCCGUUUGAGCAAUUUGAGAAAUGGCACAAAAAAUACGGGGCUCUAAUAAGCAUUCGCGCUGGGCAACGAACUAUUAUCGUUAUUAGCUCAUAUGAGAUUGCACAUGACCUGCUAGACAAACAAAGUGCCGUCUACAGCUCCCGUCCCAAAUUGAACAUCGCAUCCAAGCACCUUGCGAGAGACAUGUCGAUGGCUUUGAUGCCAUGCAGUAAAAAAUGGCAGACUCAUCGUCGUAUGGUUGUAUCAUUACUCAACUCAGCUGCAACCAAACGAUACCAAGCUGUCCUAGAUAUCGAGAGCAAGCAAGUGGUGCAUGAGCUUUUGACUUCCCAUGACUUUUCGUCGAGCUUUGAAAGAUACAUCACGAGCCUGCUAUUUACUCUAGCCUAUGGCAUUCGCGUGGAGAGUAUAACACGGCCUGAGAUCUCGGAGAUGAGAUACGUCCUUCACUGUCUAAAGGAUGGCUUGAACAAUGUUACAAUGGCAGUGGUUGAAUUAUUUCCACUGCUUGAUCACCUGCCUCGAUUUAUGGCUCCUUGGAAACAGUUUUGGCAAGAGAGGCACAAUCGGACAAUUAAAUUCAUGCUCCAGAACUUACAAUACGCUCGGUCUAAACAAAAGUCAUCGUGGACAUGGGCACGUGAAGUGCAACAGGCACUGAACCAUGCAGGGAAAGAUGGUGACUCAGAAGUUGCCUAUUUGGUGGGCACAAUGAACGAAGCUGGCAUUGAGACUACUCCAAGCGCCAUGUGUACAGCGAUCAAGGCCCUUCUAUUGAAUCCCGCCGCUGCCAAGAGAGCACAACAAGAGAUCGACACCAUCGUAGGCCCUGAUCGCCUUCCUCAGGUUGACGACGCGCCUGAAAUGCCGUUUAUGGAGGCGUUGAUCGAGGAGGUUUUACGGUGGCAGCCAGUGACGCCGUUGGGCGCCCCUCAUUCUACCGACACUGAUCAGGAAUAUAUGGGAUAUCGGAUUCCGCGAGGCUCCAUAAUCAUGCAAAACUAUUAUGGAAUGGCGCACGAUAGCAAUACUUGCCCCGAACCGUACAAAUUCAAUCCAGAGAGAUGGCUCCAAGACCCGGACCUGCGCGUCUUUAGUCCAUUUGGCUACGGUCGCAGAAAAUGCCCUGGGGAACAAAUGGCGAGGAACAGCAUAUUCAUCGUCCUUUCUCGUAUAUUAUGGGGAUACAAUAUCAAUCACGUUGUUCGCGAUGGUCAAACCAUCGAGGUGGACGAGUGGGAUAUUGAACAUCACUUUACAUCGGCGCCGGCGCCAUUUGAAGUGUCCUUCGAGGUGCGAGAUGAGCACCGACGCAAAAUAAUUGAGCGAGAAUUCCAGAGUAUGGAAAAGAAUGCAUCCGAGAUCCUGAAAAAAGUUGCGCCUUGA